UUCCCCUUAAACAAUAGCGAACGCCACAAAAGAAUUUCGCUUUUAAAAAUGGCGCAUAAAAGCCCUUCUUCUUUUCCCCCUUCUUUUUCCCAAAAUUUCAAAUGAAAUCCCACCUGAAAUCUUUCUUCUUUUUUCCCCAUUUUAUUUUUCCCAAACCAUUUCUCGUUUAUUUUUUGCCCCCAAUUUCCCCAAAUCGACAGCCCUCUGCAUCUCCAUUGGUCCUGCCCAUUUUUGCAGCCUCGACUUAGGUGAACAAAACGACUACCUCAAAGGCGUCGUCACCGAUGUUAUCCAUGACCCAGGCCGCGGUGCGCCCUUAGCUCGCGUCGUGUUCCGUCACCCAUUCCGUUACAAGAAGCAGAAGGAAGGAUCUGUUCGUCGCCGCUGAGGGUAUGUACACCGGACAGUUCGUGUACUGUGGUAAGAAGGCCACCCUUAUGGUCGGAAACGUGUUGCCUCUUAGAUCUAUCCCCGAAGGAGCUGUCGUUUGCAACGUUGAACACCACGUUGGUGAUCGUGGGGUUUUCGCUCGGGCUUCUGGUGAUUAUGCCAUUGUUAUUAGUCACAACCCUGAUAACGACACUAUCAGCUGAAUUGUUUAUUAAUGGGGAGAUUGUUCAACGAUCACCAGAAAGACAAAGGAGGGUGGAACUACAACCGCAAAGGGCCCAAGACAGACCAAGGUGCAAGUUUAUGCCUUUGAUUGCUGACAAAUCACAGGUUUACACUCAACAUGCUUAUAUGAGACCUCUUGGAGUUGGUAUGUCUAUGAUUUCUUUAAAAUCUUAUGAAUAUGAUUUUGUUUUAAUUACUUAUAUUUGCAACAGUAGAUUUUUUACAAUUUUUCAGUUAGAUAUAUGCUAAUGUAUUUCUAAGUAACUUUCUCUAAUAUGUAAUGACAAAAAUGGAUGCAAUAUUGUUCUACUACUAGUAGUAGUAGUAGUACUAGUAGUAAUUAUUGAUGUAAAAUGGAGAAAUAUGAGGUGGUCAAAGAUUUGGGAGCUGGCAAUUUUGGGGUUGCUCGACUUCUCAGACACAAGGGUACCAAGGAGCUUGUUGCUAUGAAAUAUAUUGAGAGAGGUCACAAUGUUUGUUUCUUUAAUGUCUAUUAUCUCUCUCACUUGUUCUUGCAUUUUUUGGGUAUUAUUAAUCUUGUUCAUUACUUCAUCACUUCGAAUCACGUUCUUCUUUCUGUCUCUUUCUUUUGAAUGCCAAACCGGUUGAUUGAAAGCUUAGCUUAGCUGUGUUUGUUUGCAGAUAGAUGAGAAUGUGGCAAGAGAGAUUAUCAAUCACAGAUCUCUUAGACACCCUAAUAUAAUUCGGUUCAAG